AGACGCGCAUGCGCAGUGGCGGAGGCAGCAGCUGAAGCUUCUGUCAAAACACAGAGGGAAUCAGCAGGCUAACCAGCCAGCCAGCCCAGCUCGGUCCCAGCUCGCCUCACCUUUGUGUUUUUCCUCUAGCAUUCGGCAACAAGACGUUUAUUUUUUUUGUUGAAGUCCACGUACCAUGACUGAACAAUCAGCAUUACUGCUUCGAAAGCAAUUGGCAGAGCUCAACAAAAACCCUGUGGAGGGCUUUUCAGCUGGUCUGAUAGAUGACGAAGACAUCUACAAAUGGGAAGUCGUUAUCAUAGGCCCACAAGACACCCUUUUCGAAGGUGGGUUUUUCAAAGCAUACCUAACUUUUCCUUAUGAUUACCCACUACGGCCUCCCAAGAUGAAGUUCAUCACUGAAAUCUGGCACCCAAAUGUUGCAAAGAAUGGGGAUGUUUGCAUCUCAAUUCUGCAUGAGCCAGGAGAAGACAAGUUUGGCUAUGAGAAGCCGGAGGAACGCUGGCUUCCAAUCCACACAGUAGAGACAAUCAUGAUUAGCGUUAUCUCCAUGCUGGCGGACCCUAACAGCGAUUCACCAGCUAAUGUGGAUGCUGCAAAAGAGUGGAGGGAGGACCCUAAUGGUGAAUUCAAGAGGAAAGUGGCUCGCUGUGUAAGAAAAAGUCAAGAGAUGGCAUACGAUUAGGAGUCGGAGUCAAUUGCUAAAUUCCAGGUUAAAGGAAAUGCCUUCAAAGGGAAAAUUUCAGCAAAAGGCUUUUGCACCCCUUCUUUUGCCAGUCAAAGGAAUUGGUUGGCUCCAAGCAUUUUUCUGUGAACAGUUGUCGUUUUACGCAAGAUGAGCCAACUCGAGAACCCUACCAGCGAAAUUUACCUAUUUCCUACCUGGAAUUGUAUAUUUAAUUUUAUUUAUUUUGAAAAUAUAAUGAUGUAAGAUAUGUCACUACUGUAAAUUAACUUGCUUUUUUAUCUGCUGCUGAACAGUUUCUACUUUAUACCAGGUUUCUUAUGCAAUUUAGUGGACAAUAUUGUGUAAAACAAAUGAAAGCCAGUCAUCAUUAAGUCAUCACUUGUCCUCUCUACUGCAUACUUAACACCAGAUUAUUGUUGGCCCAGCAAAACUCUGUGAAAAGAUGGGAUUAUUUUCAACUCUGUCAUUGAAUCACUGCUGCCUUUUGUUGGCGUUGCUUCCUCAUGAGGUUCAGUUCUCCUUGAGGCUUUCGAGUGAGGUUGUUGUUCAAAGGGAACGUCUCAGGAAUUUUAGAAGUCUGACUGAGCGCUAUUCAGGUCCUUUCUUAGGAGGUGCAAAAUGUUUUUUAUAUAGUCUGUUUACGAAAAAUGGGUUGUGUCCUCCUGCUGGCAUUUGUUAGCGAUACCAGUGCACUUCCUGGGAUUAAGAAGAAACCAUGACUCUCAAAGCUGCAUGAUCCCCCAAACAGCUCUUUUAUUUGUUGUUGCUAGCUGUGGAUGUAAAUGGAAUGGCUCGCACUCUGUUUUGAGAGUUAUGAUUUCAUAUGCCAUUGACUUACAUCCAUACCCCGUUUGCCACAGCAUUGCUAACAGAUGCUAACAGGCAGCGCGUGCCAACUUCUUGGGAAUAAACAGAGAUAUGAAAACACUUUGAGUUUCUGACAAGGUCUGAUCGGUGAUCAGCUGGUGGGAUCCUACAAUUCCACAGUCUUCCCUUUGAAGAGGCGGCCCUCUCGCUCAGCCAAGAUGUCUGUUAAUUCCCACUCAGUUUCAUGUCUUUUCACAAUGUUAAUUGUAAAUCAUGGACAACCAAAAAAGUAGUUUGUAAAAAAUUAGCGUAAGCUGUGAUUAUUCUGCGUGUGUACCGGUUAACCCACGUCUGAGUUUACCUCAUUUUACCAGGAAUUUGAAGAGGAUUAUGGUUGUUGGAUUUCUUAAUGUGUUACAUGGGGAAAUUUUUAGGGGCUCCAAUGUAGAAUUAGGCUAGUCUCUCUUCAUUUGUUUGUGGUGGCACAUUUGGCUUUCCAUAAAUGUGUGGGUUAAUUAUGAGAUGUAUAAUUCACAUUCACUCCUAGGUUUAGAUUCUGAGGGCUGUGUUUAAAUUAUUUAUGAGGCUCUUUAUCUCCGUGAACAACAUCAGUUCUGAUUGGUGUAUCCUUGGGCAACAUUUAUCACCUUGACUUUUUUUCAGUGAAAUUGGGUUGUAAUUCUUAAAAUCUACUUGGAAUUAAUUCACAGCUUAGUAUAGAACAGUGUUCUGGUUGCAAAUAGGCAAAAUCCUUUUAAUUUUUUAACAAUCUACACAAUCGUUUGGGUGAGUGGAGGCUGGAUACCAUUUGCUUUUCAAGUCCACUUGCAUCGGUGGUGUCGCUGACCAUUAAGCCAUGAUGAUGUCUAUUCUGAAAUACAGUAUCAUUGUAUAUGACUGAUCUGUGACUGACAUUGAAUGACUAACCAAUGGCGCAUGCAGUCAAGUUUGCAGGGCUCGGCUACAUUUGAACAGCAAACCAUUCUUAGUACAGUAUGAGUGAAUGUGAUGUGAACAGUUAGUAGCCUUCUGUAGACUUGAUGAUGAUGAUGAUGAUGAUCACACAACUGCUGUUGACAUGACCUUUUCUAACCUACCAUGACCUCCUCUGACCGGUGUUCACUGUAUUUGCACAGACUCGGUGCGUUUGAAAUGUCAUUAAGCAAUACGCUCUGAAAACGGUGUGUCCAGGUAAUCCACCCUAACCCCCCCAUCAUUUGUUUUGUUUUGUUUCCAUUUUACGUCAAUGCAAUGUAUAUUGGAUAUGAUGCUCAAUAAAGUGUGUAAACGGA